AAUAAUUUUUAUAAUUGUAAUUAAAUUUAAAUGCUCAUGUUAAUAUAGAUAUUAAAUAUAUUGUAUUAUAAGUAUGUUUUAAUUGUUAAUAAAUAAUUAUUAUUACUUAAUAUUAAUUAUAUUCAAAGAAAAUAUUUAUUUAAAAUAUUGCCGCGCUAUUUUGAAAAUAUUAGCAACGAAAACUUAAGGAAAAUUUAGCGGCUAAAAUUUUGUAAAUCUGUAAAAUAAAUGUAGGAAGUGCGACAGGUGCAUAUUUUACAAUUACAAUGAACGUGUUUGUAUUUUUCACUGUUGUAAUUCACUUUGCGGACAUAUAUAAGUAUAGUGAGUACAAUUUUAAAAUUUAAAAGUGACCCUUGAGAAUGUAAAUGACCCAGGUCUAAGUUUUAGUACCUGAGGCUCCAGAACUCGAGGGGUUACUCUACAGUUUUAUUAUAAAGAUUUAAGUGCUCAGCUUUAAAUGGCAUUAAAUAUUAUUUUACAAAAAUAUUCUUACCUCUGUAGUGUUACCCGAUUCAUAAAAUUUGUCUAUAGUAUGUCUGUAAAUUUAACUCAUGCAUUUACGACAGUACAUGGCGACUAGGGUCUUAGUACUUAGUUCACUCAGUGCCUUGUCAGGAACACUAGCAUUAAGAUUUAAAAUUUAUACAUAAAAAUUUACUAACAAGAAAAGUAUAAAAAUAUUUAUUUCAACGGGCACGAAAAAGAUAUUUAAUAUCGGCUAUAAAUAUAUAUAUUUUAUUGUCAAGCUGUAAAAUUGUUAUUUUAAAAAGUUAUUGUGAAAUAUAUUUUUAAUGGUUGUGAGAUUAAAACUUAUUGGGCGAUUGUUAAUUUUUUUCUUGUAGUUAUUGAAACUGUUUGAGGAUAUUACUGGAAAUUUUUUCGGCUUUUACGUUUUUUAUUUAAAUAUUUAGUGUGAUAAUAAAUGUAAGUGUGACAAUGAAUCACAGAAGACAUGAUUAUCCGUAUGCAGAAAUAAUUGAACAACCUUGUAAUAGAACUCGAUUUAGAUAUGAAUGUGAAGCGCGAUUUAUUGGAAGUCUUGUUGGUUGUAAUAGUACUGAACGUCAUAGAAGCUGGCCUACAAUAAAGAUACACGGCCUUGAUGGUAAUGCGGUAAUAAUAGUGUCGUGUGUCACCAAGGACUCGCCACAUAGACCACAUCCUCAUGAGAUUGUCAGUAAAGAUAGACCGGACCAAGGUGUUUUUACCCUGAAAACUGACUCGCAGGUAGUAUCUUUUCCAAACUUGGGAAUCCAGUGUACCAAGAAGAAAAAUGUUAAAGAGGCAUUGGAAAAACGUGAAGCGCUUCGAGUUGAUCCCUUUCAAACGGGCUUUGAUCAUAAAAAUUCAACGGCUGGAAUUGAUGUAUCAGCAGUAAGACUCUGCUUCCAAGUGUACGUUGAAGAUAGCAAAAAAAAAUGUACCGUACCCUUGCGGCCCGUAGUCUCCGAGCCAGUUUAUGACAAAAAAGUGUUGGGUGAUUUGUCAAUUCUUAAGUUAAGUCACUACAGUGCACCUGCUACUGGGGGUACCCCGAUGAUACUUUUGUGUGAAAGAGUUGCCAAAGAUGACAUCAGUAUUGUAUUUUUUGAGAAGCGUAACAACAGAAUUAUUUGGGAAGGACUUGCUAAGUUUAAUUCCAAUGAUGUUUAUCGACAGAUAUCGAUUGCGUUUGAAAGUCCCGCUUAUUAUAAUGUUAAUAUUCAAGAACCAGCUCAGGUUUUUAUUCAGUUACGAAAGUUAUCGGAUCAUUGUGCGAGCGAGCCAUUGCCGUUCACAUUCACUCCAGUUGGGGCAGACUCUUCAAUUAAUCUUAAACGUAAAAGGCAUAAAUACAGUACAUCCGGUGUAAUAGACCUGGAGACAGAAGCUGGAUCAUCAGUUCCCACUCAUUGUCCUCGCUGCAAUUGCUUUUCUGCAAGUCCAGAAUCUCCUGAAGAAGAACCUAUAACUGAAAAACCUGCAAUUAUUGCCAAGCGAUUGUUAUAUUACCGACCGCAAAAUCAAAAUAGAAAAUUGAAUGAAGUAAACAAACAAUCAGCGAUGGAUAGAAAUCUACAUGAUAUGCAGCCGCUGGAUUUACAUUGUAGAAAAAAUAUAAAUAAUAACGAUGAUAAUAAUAAUAGGAAGAAUAAAAAUAUUAAUAUUAAACAAAUUAAUAUUAAUAAUGUACAACAACAACAACAACAACAACAACAACAACAACAAUCAAUGCCACCACUACGACAACAACAAUCUCAAAUGCGGAAUCAGCAACAAGAACAACUACAGCUAACUCUUCAGCAACAGCAACAACAAAAAAUAUUACAACCGCAGCAACUAAAACUGAUACAACAAUUGAUACAACCACAGCUACAACAUCAACAACAAACACAUCUACAACAACAACAACAACAACAACAACAACAACAACAACAUCAGCAUCAACAACAACAAAUACAACAGCAGCAGCAGCAACAACAACAAAUACAACAACAGCAGCAGCAACAACAACAAAUACAACAACAGCAGCAGCAACAAAAACAAAUACAACAACAGCAGCAGCAACAAAAACAAAUACUACAACAGCAACAACAACAAAAACAAAUACUACAACAGCAACAACAACAAAUACAACAACAGCAGCAGCAACAACAACGAAUACAACAACAGCAGCAGCAGCAACAACAACAACAACCCCAAUCACAGUUAUUACAACAACAACAAAAACUAUUAUUACUACAAUCAAUACAACAACAACAACAACAACUACCACAGCUACAACCACUACCACCACAACAACAACAACAACAACUGCAACCACAACUUCUUCAACAGCAGCAAUGUCGAAAAAACUUCCAACAAGUUCAACAAUAUAUCCAGCAACAAGAAAAACAACCACAACUUCAACAACAGAAUCAAGAACAACAACAACAAUAUCAAUUACAACAACAACAACAGCGCCAAUUACCAUUAAACUACCAAUUACAACAGCUUCAACAAUUACAGCAUAGUCAAUCACAACAGCAAUCACGAGCGCAAUUAAUGCAGUACUAUCAAGAACGGCAGCGGCAUCAAGUUCAACAACAGCCAGAUCAUCACCAUCAAGAACAAUAUUCAACGUCGUAUCAACAUGUUAUUGAUAAUAAUAAUUAUGAUAAUGAUCAUGAAGAUGAUGAUAAUGAUGGUGAUGAAGAAGAACAAGAAGACAGUGAUGACAGCAAUCCUUAUUAUAGUACACAGGUAAUAAUAGCCAACAGGCCGCCGGAUUUCUACAAAAUGAUCAAAACUCUUCCCCCUCAACAGACGUGCAAUACAGGACAACAAUGUACGGGAAAUAUAAAUAAUCAACAAAAUCGACUUGAAGACAAAGAAUCGACGAAUGAAAAUAGUGAUUAUGAAUUAUCGGAGCUCAUUGACCAACAAUUGUCGGAAACGAUGAACAGUGGAUUGUCACUUAUAGGAGAUGAGUUUGAAAUCAAUAGUCCACCCUACCAAGACACGAAUAAUAAUCAACCGAGAUAUGAAGAUUUUUUUCCUUAAUUAAACUGAUGAAAAAUCCAAAUAUUUGUUAUUGUUAUUAUUAUUGUAAAUAAAAUGUAAUUAUAGCUUCUGCAGAUUGUAAUAUUUUUAAAAAAGUUCUAACUUGAGUAUAAAU